AUGAACUUACAGAUCAAGUUACAUAAUUUUUUGAAGGAGCAUAAUGAAGACCCUGGCAAAUGGCCUUACGCGUAUAUGCUGAGCGUACCGCGGUUUUUGUGGUGGGAACGGAGCGUGGUGACGUGGUGGUAUCUAUAUUCACCAAGCAAGGAAUUAGAUGCGGUGAUUACGGAGAUCAACAACUCAUUUGAUGAAAAAAGAAAUAUCUUGUUCAGGGUACAGCGUACAAACACACUUGGAAACCCAGCAAGGAACCAUCAACAACCCGUGGAUCUUAAGGAGGAGUACUUAGAUAAGGGCAGAAGGGUAUGUUCGCUGAACCCACAACGUGAACCAUACGCCUACAGGGCGACCUGGAAGAAAGAUAUUUUUGCCAGUCCAUUUGAAAAGGUCGGAGAUACCAUAUCUACCACGUUCAUGGAUCCUGUAACACCGGCAUCAUGGUCAGGAAAUCGGUCUCUCUCAAAUAUGAUCAAUCUAGACCCCUCUGGAAGUCCUAGAAUGAUAGCCAGGCUUAAGUGCAAGGUACCGCCCAUCGACCCGAGCCACGCAUCGUCUUUCCAAAUCUUUCGUCUCCUCUUGACAUGGACUGUGAAUAUCACCUUGACAACACCGAGGAUCCUGUUUAUAGCCAUUCGACUUCACAUUAUGAACCUUAUGAGGAUGAUGGACCGACCGGAUAUACGGCCGGGGAGCGAGCCAAGACGGGCCACUAACGGGGAAAGGCAAGAUACAUCUUUCAGAAUCCUACAUGAUGUUUUUGGGCUAGUUACUGACCUAUUCAAUAGGGCGCUCGAACACUUCUUCCGAGAAUAUCUGGAACACAUCGUUGCCUCUAAUCCAGGGAACUUGGAAGUCACAUACAUACCUUGCAAGUCAGUGUCGAAAACCACAACUUGUCUGAGAUCUACACAAUACUCGGAAGAGAACCAUCCCAUGCAGUUGAAAUUCGAAGUUAUGGAUCCAGCCUUCUAUUCCCGAAUCGUCAAUUCUUCGAACCCAUGCAUUGCUAUGGCAAAGGAAACAAAACCUGGAAGGUCACCUGCUGAUGCAUUAGCCUCCCCUGUCAUUGCUUCCGAUAUACCUCUAUUCGUACAGCUAUUUGAUGUGACCAUCAAAGAGAUCAGGAAUCAUGAUAAAGCCAGCUUCGGACUGUCGUCACUCAUAAUCUCUCUUCGCCGUUGGCUGACUCCCUCGUUCAUGGAUUGCUUUGUUUGCAAUGUCCUCCCGCCCCAUAUCCAAGAGGACUACAUCUCAUGUCUAAUACAACUAUGGGUGGAGAAAGUGACGUGGAACCUUCUGAGUCCUCAACAGAUAUACAGCGUGAUCAGGGCUGCAGUGCUGCAGUGGGUUAUUUGCUGGAUACUGUUCUGCAUUAUAUAA